GCAAAUGCAAAAGUACUGGAUAGCCUGUUGUGGUGAUGCAGUCAUUCUUUGCCCCAUGUCCCCACUUUACCUAAAAAUUCUUACACUGUCCAGUCUUUUCUAUAAUGGUCCCAUCUGCAGGGGGCCACGCAUCAAAAAUAACCUGUGUCGUCAACACGUGGGCGUUCAUGUGAAGUGGUCAUGUGACUCUUCUGGAACAACAACAAACCCUCUCAACUAAUCAGAGCUCCCCGUUUUGUCCAAGAGACACCUUUCAACCAAUCGGAGUUCUGUAUUCUGACCAAGUCCCUCCCCCUAUCCACGGUGUAGCCUUUGCGCUUCUCCUAUCACGGUAAUUUGAACGUGUGUGAAAGAAAAUACUGGACAUCUGCGGCAAGGAUCACCCGACAUGCCCGAGGUACCGACUGUAGCCCCUGCGGUGUCCCGGAAAAGAGGCGCGGAGCCCGCGGAGCCUCCUCCAGGACACGACCGGGAGGCGAAAAAAGCCUGCUGGGGCAUCCUGACCAGCCAAGGUUCUUGGGCAGACCGCUCCCCUCUCCAUGAAGCCGCCUCUCAUGGUAGACUCUUAGCUCUACGCACUCUACUCAAUCAGGGAUAUCCAGCGAACAUUGUGACCAUAGACCAUGUGACUCCUCUACACGAGGCCUGUUUGUCCGGACACGUGGCCUGUGUAAGGGCUCUGAUCAACGCUGGAGCAAAUGUGAAUGCGACGACUAUAGAUGGAGUGACACCUCUCUUUAACAGCUGUGCAGCGGGGAGCUCAGUCUGUGUGGAGCUGCUGUUGCAAAAUGGAGCAAACCCCAGAACCACUCACACGCACCACCCCUCUGCUCUACACGAGGCCUGCAAGAGAGGUAGCCGAGAGUGUGUGGAGUCCCUUCUUUCUCGAGGAGUAGACCCUGAUUAUGAAGUGCCACAUUUAGGCUCCGCCCUCUACAUCAGCUGUUUGCACAAACACUGCGGCUGCUCCCAGGUCCUCCUGCACAGAGGAGCCAAUGUAAACAGAGGUCGAGGAGAGGAUACGCCCCUCCACGCAGCUGUGGCCAAUGACAGCACAGAACAGAUUUCUUUACUGUUGGAUUUUGGAGCUGAUGCAAACCUCAGAGACUGCAACAACCUGCGACCUCUGGAGCUGGCGCCCCCUGGCGGGAAAGCUCAGCAGUUGCUACAAGCUCACAAUGUUUCCCCUCGGUCUCUGUGUGAACUGUGCCGUAUCCACAUCCGUAAUCUGAUUGGUCGAUCCAGACUCAAGUUUCUCCAGGAACUUCCCCUUCCAUCUUUACUCACGCAGUACCUCGAGCACACGUAAACAUCAAGGAGGCAUUUGUCAAAUAAAAUAUUUAUUAAUAACGUUUGAACUUUGUGCCAAUGCAAUUUAUUCAUUGUAAUUAUUUUGGAAUAUGAACUAAAUUAAUGUCUUAACUCAGUGCUGUUUGUGCAUCUUGUUGUGGCCACUUUUCUUGGGUUUAGAAAAUGUCAGCAUGCUCCCAGUUAGGAAAGGCAGACAGGAGAAACAAUCAUUAUUUUGUGGUUUCAUAUUAAAUUAUUUAAUGGUGAAAAAAAAAACCACAAUAAUUUACAGUAAAUACUUUUGACAAAUUACGCCUCUUAAUCGGUUCCUUAUUAAUACAAAUCUAAAAACUAAAGGGUUGUUUAGAUUGAAAAUUUGGGGUAUUCAAGAUUAGAUUAAAUGUGCAGUUUUUUUUCUAGAAGAGUGUGUGUGUGCUUGUCUCCAUGGGAAUUGUAUUAUAAACUUAUAUCUCUUUCAUUUAUUCUACUAGUGUCUUUAUAGCUAAAAGAAAUACCUUGAAAACAUAAAAACAUGUCUCUACAGAUCUGGCAUGUAACUUAGCCUUAUGGUGUCACCUGUCUCUAUGGAGAUAGAGAGGUUAUUUCCAUAGUAUACAUACCAUAUGAUUCCAUACUGUGGAACAUUCCUGGCAAAGCAGUAACAUCUCUAAUCUUCAACAUCAAAGGAGCAUAGUUAGUCUCUAGUUUAUUAAAUGCAAACAUGAAAACGUUGUGUUGACUACGGUCUAUUUCUGAAUAAUAAUGUUGUAUUGCCUCUCAUAUGUCUUCUUUGUGUUUUUUACUUGUGGAGAUGUUAAAUUUACUUCCGCAGCUGAAAUUAUGUUUAAUUCAUCCAAAAUACUAUCCCUUUAAAAAUGUUUAUGCCUGCUCUUAAUACAGGUGUUCAUACAGUUGUUUUGUGUAUCAUCUUUAUAGCUCUGUGUCCAUGUAAAUAAAAAUAAAUUAUGUGAGAUGAGUUGUAA